AUGGUGAACUUAUUGUACCAGGAUGUAAUUCCUCACAGUAUAAAGCGAAACAAUUUCAAAGGGUUGAAAAUGAGGAUCAAAGAAAAUGGUGAUUUGAGUAAUUAUUGUCUUCAUAAAAGAAGAUGUAGUAGAAUAUGCCGACCAUAUUCCUUCAUGUUGGAGUAUGGAAGCAUUAGCAUCAUUAAGAGAUGGUUAAUCAGAGCCAAGGAGAGGUCAAAAAAAUCAGGACCUCCAUUUGUAGUUAUAAAGAGUUACAUACAGUUUAGAUUGUAGAAAUAUAUGUAUAUUACUUAUAUAUGAGUAUAUAUACUCAUGUUUAUAAGUAUUUACACCUGGUGUUUUU